CCGGUAUAUUAUAUGUAUAGACAACAACAUCUUAAACGAGGCGUUAGUACAAAAUUACAACGUUGUUAUUUCAUCGUAAAAAUAUUGUUUUAUUCACAAAAUAAUUUUAACGUAGUUGGGUGUGAGUGAGAGUUCAAAUACAAUACCAACACGGAUUACAAACAAGCAACUUUUUAUAAAUUUUAAAGUAUUUCAACAUGAACUAUAUUACCAUUUUACUUGUCGCCACAUUUAUAUACACCUGCGCUGGCACUAACAUCCGGGAGAAACGCGACGAACGCAGCGAUGUUAACGCAGAGGCCAUUGAACUAAGCUUACAACUAAAGGAUACAAUCAGCGCGCUCAAAUUACGACCAAUGACCAAUGGGGCUGCCAUCGAGCGAUUGGGCAAAGCCAAAAGUCAACUAGAUCAAUUAAUUUAUCUGUUGGGCGUGGCCCAGGUUCAAAGCGAGAUUGAAGCCAACACUGCCAAAUUGCGGGACACCAUCACCUCGGUCAGAUACGAGUUGGAGACUGUGCCCAGGGAGGGGUCCAGCGAGCCCGUCAUCCCGGAUAAAGGGCCCAAUUUUCCCGAGGUCAAAACUAUGGGGCCAGAGGUGAAUGAUCCGAUUGUGCCACCCAUGGUCACUAAGCAACCUGCCCCCGUCGCGGACUCAGAUGGAUCAUCGGCCAUUAAGCAUGCGGCGCCAGUGCCCGCCGGUCGACCCCCGAUACUCAUACCUGAUUGGCUGUUUGGCAACGAACCAGAUUCACCAAACGCUGUCCGUAAUUGUCCCGUGUACCGCAAGAUGGCAACACGUGACCCGAAACUCGAGUUGUAUACCGGGAAAAACAAAAUCCCGAUCGAAAGUUGGUUAACGCUCUACGAGGCGAUCAUCGCAUCUCUCGGCUUAACCGACAAUAAAGAUAAGGCGUUAAAACUUAUCUCAUAUCUCGCAGACGAUGCACUCGUCGUGCACGCGGAGCUCAUCGCUCCAAAUAUCGCUACUAUUACAUGGGCUGAGUGCCGUAAUAUUCUGAUCAAGCGCUUCUCGGCCAUCGGGCCGGCGCCGCUCUGUCAGGCCUCUAAACUGCGCAUGACACGCGCACAUAACGUUAAAACCUAUUACGACGAAAUGAUGGCACUACUCAUCCGUACGCAUGCCGACGACCUCGAGCGGGUUGGCAUGCUCACACAGGGGUUACCCGAAGCCUAUCAAGACAAAAUGGUCAUGGCCGAGGUCAACACACCCGAAGAAUGGCUUCUAAAAGUCCGUCGACUCGAACAGUAUAUCGAGCAAAAGGCUAAACACAAGCCGCAAACUACUGGACACCCGCAGGCCGGCCAGAGCCGACCCCAUAACGCUCACUGUACAGUUGUGCAUUGUCAAGACGAUAGUCACAAACAGACGCACCCAAAACGUCCGGGUAAUGGCGUAAAGAAUGCAAACGAUUGCCCGUAUACUUGCAAACACUGUUCUGCUAUGGGCGUCACUGCAAAGCAUUGGCACCGCGAAUGCCCGAACCGCCCGACUGAUCAGCCAUACCACAACACUCUAGGAGCUGCGAGACAGCCCACAAAUGGUGAUCGGCGCCAAAAUACGUCGUCAAACGCUCAGCCGUCACUGAUGACCAACGGUCAAGUCCAGCCGCCGGCCGCUACUCUGGUGACAAUACCCGGCGCACUGAACGGCCGAAACACAAUAUUUAUCGUUGACAGCGCCUCUACAUCUAAUAUUAUAUCCGAUAUUUACGUAGACGACCGAAAAAUCAAAACUAAAGCAACGCCGGCCACUGUCCUUCAACAGGUCAGUGGUAUCACCAGUACAUCACUGGAGGCCAUCUUCAAUAUAACCAUUGAUGGCUACACCCGAGAAGUCACCGCAAAAGUAGUCAAAGACUUCCCAUACACUCUCCUGAUUGGCAUCGAUACAUGUCGUAUGUAUAACAUAUAC